AUGAAAUUUUGUUAUUUCUCACCGCCUUAUAAUCAAGACUGUGGAUAUUCUUUUUCACUACCACAAACAAUUGUCGGAUAUUAUCCUGCUUAUAAAAAUAAUACAAAACCGGAUUUUAAUAUUAGUUUAAUUACUCGUUUAAACUAUAUUGCAUUUGGUCCAACUGAUCUUAUUAAUGGUACUUUGCCAUCUCAAGUGUUUCAGAAUAAAUUCUCAAACUUUAGUCAAUUGAGACCCUAUUUUAAUAAUCUUGAAUUGAUUCUUUCAGUCUUAUUACCUGUUGAUAAUGACAAUUUAUCAAAACUCCCUCCGUUUGCAAAUUUUUCAAGUGGACAACAGUACAAUUCGUCGGAUAAUCAGACUCAGCAAUUCAUUAAUGAUUUAGUUAGUAUUGUUAAUGAUUACCAAUUUCAUGGAAUUGACAUUUAUUACCCUGAUACGUCUUCAUCCUCAUGCUCUCAAGCAACUUCUCCCAUUAAUCUAAAUCCUGUUUUUACAAAUUUCCUAAUUGAUCUAUCAAAUAAAUUAAAACCGUCUAAGAAUUUAACUAUUACAGUAGGUCGGAUUCCUACAUUUGGAUGGAAACCUAACCUUAACCCUUAUGUUGAUUUUGUAAAUAUUCAGUUUAAUCUAGGUACAGCACAUGAUAAUUAUGAUAUACCCACGUAUGAUCUUCAGACUAUUCUUAAUGAUUGGAGUGGUACUAAUAUCGAUAAAAAAAAAUUUAUUUUUGUAAUCGAAUUUGGUGGCAUUAUUGAAAUUAUUACUUCUAUUAGUAAUAAUAUUACAAUGGAUAUCCUUAAUCAUAACUUUGCAAAUUUGAAUCGAAACAUUACUACAUUCCCAAUAUCUUAUGAAACCAUUACAGAUCCAUGUAAUGCUUCAUAUGCAUAUUUGUCAUGGGAAGCUAUAAGUACAAAUUUCUUAUCAUCACCUUGCUAUACAAGUAUAAAUGAUAGUUCACAACAACAACAAUGGACCUAUUCCUUUAAUAAUAUUACCAAACAGUCAUUCAUUUACAAACCAGUACCACCAAACGUCAUACAAAACCCCAUCUCAAACAACAAAUCCUCCUCUAAACCACAUAACUCUCCAAGCAAUCCAAACAAUUCAGGAAAUCUACAAAAAAGUCGACGACAAAACAAUCAACAAUUCUAUUAUAUCUCUUAUGAAGAUUUUCGAUCAUUAUCUGCCAAAUUAAACUUUGUGCAAAAUAAUAAUAUGACAGGAAUUGCGAUUUCCGAUAUCACGAAAAAUUCACAAUUUUUUGCAAACUUUAUCUUGGGCAGUAAAAAUCCAGGACCAGAAAACCCUAUACCUAUAUCUCAGUCUAAUCAUAUAGGCACAAUAGUGGGUAGCAUAAUAGGUGCUUUCGUUUUUGUUAGUGUAUUAGUGACUUCUGGCUUUAUAUUAUAUCGAAGAAAACACAGCGCAGGAAAUGUUAUAACAACUGUCGUAGCACUGUUUGAUUAUGUAGGGAAAGAAGAAAAUGACUUAAGUUUUAAGGCAGGCGAUAUUAUUGAAGUACUUGAGAAAGGAGAUGGGCCAAAUGAUUGGUGGGUGGGUAAAUUACAUGGCAUAAUAGGUGAAUUUCCUGAGGCACAAGCAACAUAUUUAGUUUUGAGAUCAAAUGAAUAUGAAACAAUAGUAGUUAUAACUUUAGAUGUAUUUAUGUAUUAUAGUUUUUCUUAUUCAAAUUUUGCUAGUGGUAAACAAGGUUCUAUACUUUGGUUUAAAGAUAUUAAGUAG